GGAGUCUUCCGGCGACCAACCACCUGUGUCGCCUCGUCCGGUCUAGAGACCCCUGGGCUCGGGGUCGCCUCGCGGUUGGCGGCGAGGACGGUGUUUUCCUUCUACAUCCGCGGCCGGGCGGGGCGGAGCUGACGCCCCUCAAUGAUGUGGCUGGGGACUUGUGGAAACAGUAGGUUGCCUGGACACUGCCUAGAGCAUCCUCUUCCGGGACACCACCCGCCACAGUUAGAAGAAUGGCCUCUCAAAGGAAGAAGAGCGGCUUCCAUCUGCACGGCACUUUGUGGUUUUCAGAUAUGUUCGACUUUGAGAAUCAGGUGGCAAAAGCCAGUCAGAAGAUUUCUGAAACAGCAGAAAAGAGUGAAACAUCCUCAGAAAGGGCCGUUAAAGAUACUCCUCAUGAUCCAAAUUGGGAAGGAAACUGGGAAAGGGGCCUUGUGUUAGCAGGGCAACAGGCAGCCCUUCCAGAAGACAGCCAGCAGGAGCCUUUUCCUCAGGAGAAAGAUUCAGACAAGUUUCUGCAGGGGUGUGUUGGAGAGAAGCCUGUGUGUGCUCAAUGUGGGAAAAGCUUUCACCAGAGUUCCUAUCUCGUAAGACACUUGAGAACCCAUACCGGUGAGAGGCCUUACAAGUGCAUCGAGUGUGGAAAAGGCUUUAAACAGAGUUCAGACCUUGUCACCCACCGCAGAACACACACGGGAGAGAAGCCCUAUCAGUGCAGUGGGUGUGAGAAGAAGUUCAGCGACAGCUCGACCCUCAUCAAACAUCAGAGAACCCACACAGGUGAGCGGCCCUACAAGUGCCUGGAGUGUGGUAGGACCUUCCGGCGGAAGCCACACCUCAUCGUGCACCAAAGGACACACACGGGGGAGAAGCCCUACACGUGCCUUGAGUGUCACAAAAGCUUUAGCCGGAGCUCAAAUUUCAUCACCCACCAGCGGACCCACAUGGGAGUGAAGCCUUACCGCUGUGAUGACUGUGGGGAGAGUUUCAGCCAGAGCUCCGACCUGAUCAAACACCAGCGAACCCACACAGGAGAGCGGCCCUUUAAAUGCCCUGAGUGUGGCAAGGGCUUUCGGGACAGUUCUCACUUUGUAGCCCAUAUGAGCACUCACACCGGAGAAAGGCCCUUCAGCUGUCCUUACUGCUGCAAAAGCUUCAGUCAGAGCUCACACCUGGCCACACACCAAAGGACACACACCGGCGAGAGGCCCUUUAAGUGCGAGAGUUGUGGCAAGGGCUUCACAGACAGCUCUGCCCUCAUGAAGCACCACCGGAUCCACACGGGGGAGAGGCCCUACAAAUGUGAGUGCGGGAAGAGCUUCAGUCAGAGCUCCCACUUCAUCACCCACCAGCGCAUCCACUUAGGGGACAGACCCUACCCAUGCGCUGAGUGCGGCAAAACCUUCAACCAGCGCUCCCAUUUCCUCACUCACCAGAGGACACACACAGGAGAAAAGCCUUUUCACUGUAGUCAGUGCGACAAGAGCUUCCGUCAGAAAGCGCAUCUUUUAUGCCAUCAGAACACCCACUUGAUUUAGGAAUCCCUGUGCUCCUUUCCGAGACCCGCCGGCUACUGCCUUCAAGCGCCCCAAACUGAGAAAGCCUAAGCCCGGCCACGGCAGCUCAGGCUGGGCCCAGGGCUAGUCUCCCUCUCCCACCACCCCUCCCGCCCAUUUUUCAGGACCCGUAGAGCAGUCAAAUGAUGUUCCAAACACAAAAAGCACCCCUUCAAUGUUUUUGACAGCCUCGCAGGGAAGUGUGAGUUUGUUUGCUAGAAGAGUAGUGGGAUAAAGAUGGAGGCCACAUAGACACUGCCUGGCACAAAGCAGAUGCUCAAUAAGCAGCCUCCGUGCACUGUCUCUAUUGAGGAUCAGUAUCUGAGACCUUGUAUAGGGCCCCCAAUAUGGGACCUGGCCGUUAGUACAGCUUGGUUAAUUUUACCAGGCUUGUUACUUAGUAAGGAACUUAACAAUGCACUCCCACCCCAGAACUUGCAAGAAAUGAGGUCGGAAUAUGAAGGUUUGGGUGUGUGAACACAUCAAUUUAAUAAAGGAGAAAGCAGUCUUGCAGCCCCGUGAGAUGCAGGAGCCAGUCACCAGAGGUCGCACUGCUGUGACAGUGCAGAAUUACCCAGAGGAGGUUUGUGGUCUUGUACCUUGGGCUGAGAGAGUUUCAGAAGCUCCUCGCACAGCAGCAUGUGAGGUGCUCUCACGGGAGGCUGGCACCUUCUGAGGCACAGAAGUAGCCUGUGGGGAGCGGACCAGAGCACUGGGAGAGGCCUGUGAGGCUAGGCUGUGGAGCCGAGAUGCCUGUGAAGGCUGAGCGAUAGCUCAGGGGUCCUUCCUGGCCUUGCCUUUAGCUAAAGGAAGUGCUUUCUCAUUUGCUGGGCCGCUGGCCCAAGCUAGUGAAAUUCUCAGAGCUUUUUAGAGUCAUCUCAUGUAAUCUAGUACAGUCCUGUAUUUGAUUGGAACAAACUGAGGGAAGGCAGUGUGUUGGAAAGAAUAUUGGCUUCCCUGAGAAGGUGAGUGUGCGCCCUGCUCCGGCGCCAGAUUUGCACCCUCUCAACCUUUACCUUACCUGCCUCCCGAGGUUGCUGUGAGGCUCUCUCAGGCAUGUGCUUGAUGUGAGCACUUCCCUGUUACUGUGGAGUGUGAUGUCCUAAAGUUUAAUGUGACAGUGAUGUUGCUGACGUGCUUGGCUCCCCAGCAGUGCUGGCUAGUAUUUCUCCAGGUGCCCCCUUCCCUUUCAGAAUGAGGGGCUCCCUUCUUCCUCUCUGAAAACCCAGCACCCAGCCCACCUGCACAGGGGAAGCAUCACAAGCAGUGAAGCAGUCCUGGAGGUGUCUCUCUUUCUAUCUCUGUCUGUCAGAAACACGGCCAGUUAAGUGCACAUAGUACUAAGCACAAGGACCUGUGCAAGGAUUCGGGUUUGAGCCCCCGGACCCCCACCUGCAGGGGGGGACACUUCGCAAGUGGCGAAGCAGAUCUACAGGUGCCCAUCCUCGCUCUUUCUUCCUUUCGGCCUUCUCUUCCCCUCUCAAUUUCUUGAUAACCCUGGGGGCAGAAAAAAAAAAGGUCAGCAGGAUUAGUGGAGCUGUGUAGACACUGAUAACCCAUGGUAACCCUGGUGGAAAAAAAAAGAUCUAAGGACUCCCCCAACCCCCAACCCAAAUGCUAAACCGCUCACUAGGGGUCACAUCACAUUAUAACAAAAGAUCCAGAAUUUGGUUGCAGUUUUGCUCAACAGCAUGGAACAGGCCAGUGCUGGAAACUGUUAGUGACUAAGGCCACGCAUGACCAGAGGCGCCACCUGCCACGUGUCCACCAAACUGCUAGUGACGACAAUAGCGGAGGGAUGAAGCCUACGCUCAAGGUGACUUCAGAAGAUGUCGUGUUUGACCAUCGUGGAGGGUAAGGUAAGUAAUGUAAGUGGUUAGGAGGGAGUUGGUGUUUAACACUCUCCAGAGAGAAAAGUCAUAGGUUUGAACCUUCCCUCCUUCAGGUGAGAACUGGGGGUUUGAACCCAGGUCCUUGCACAUGGUAACAGGUGCUCUCAACUGCAUCACCACCCAGCUCCCUAAUUAUUAUUAUUUUUUAAAGAUUGAUUUAUUUUUAAAUGUUAUUUAUUUAUUCCCUUUUGUUGCCCUUGUUUUAUUGUUGUAGUUAUUGAUGUCGUUGUUGGCUAGGACAGAGAGACAUGGAGAGAGGAGGGGAAGACAGAAAGGGGGAGAGAAAGACAGACACUGCAGACCUGCUUUACUGCCUGUGACUCCCCUGCAGGUGGGGAGCCGGGGGCUCAAAACUGGAUCCCUUGUGCUGGUCCUUGAGCUUUGCACCAUGUGCGCUUAACCCGCUAUGCUACUGCCCAACCCCCACAUAUUUUUAAAGAUUUAUUUAUUAGUGUGUGCGCAUUUGGGGGGGGGAGAGAGAAAGAGAGAGAGAGAGAGAGAGUGAUCCGGGAGGUGGUGCAGUGGAUAAAGCAUUGGACUCUCAUGCUUGAGGUCCUGAGUUUAAUCCCCGGCAGCACAUGUACCAGAGUGAUGUCUGGUUCUUUCUCUCUCCUCCUGUCUUUCUCAUGAAUAAAGAAAUAAAGUCGGGAGUCGGGCUGUAGCGCAGUGCGUUAAGCGCAGGUGGCGCAAAGCACAAGGACCGGCAUAAGGAUCCUGGUUCGAACCCCGGCUCCCCACCUGCAGGGGAGUCGCUUCACAGGUGGUGAAGCAGGUCUGCAGGUGUCUGUCUUUCUCUCCUCCUCUCUGUCUUCCCCUCCCUCUCUCCAUUUCUCUCUGUCCUAUCCAACAACGACAACAACAACUACAACAAUAAAAAAAAAAAAGAAAUAAAGUCUUAAAAAAAAAAAAAGAGAGAGAGAACCAGAGCAUGACAUAGAUGCAUGCAAUAGAACUCAGGACCUCAGCCUUGAGAGUCCAACACUUUUCUGUACUACAUUAUCUAGGGAGCUCAAACACAGGGUCUCAAGCAUGACAAGAUAUACACCCACCAGUGGAACUAUUUCCUGGUUCCCUAAACACAUUUAUUUAAUUAUGAGAUCUGGAAGGUGGUGCUGUGGAUAAAGAUUGAACUCAAACAUAAGGUUCCAGAUUCACUCCCCAGCACUGCAUAUGCCAGAGCGAUGCUCUGUUUCUGUCUUUCUCUCUCCUUCACGUCAGUAAAUCUUAUUUAUUUAUUUAUUAUUGCCUGCAAGAUUAUCACUGGAGCUCAGCCUGCGUGACAAAUUCACCACUUCUGACUGUCAUUUCUUCCUUUUUUUAUUUCUUCCUUUUUAUUCCUCUUUCUUAUAACGUUUAUUUAUUUUAUUUUAUUUGAUAGGGCAGAGAGAAAUGGAGAGGGGCAGUGAGAUAGAGAGGGAGAGAGAAAGAGACACCUGCAGCCCUGCUUCACCACUUGUCAAGUGUUCCCCCCUCCCUUUCAUGUAGAGAGUGGGGGCUUGAACCUGAGUCCUUGUGCAUGGCAAUAAGUUAGCUUAACAGGGGCCAGGCGGUGUUGCACCUUGUUGACUGCUCACAUUAUAGUCUGCAAGGGCCUGGGUUCAAGCCCCUGGUCCCCACAUGCAGGGGUAAAGCUUCAUGAGUGGUGAAGCAGGGCUGCAGGAGUCUCUGUCUCCCUCUCUAUCUCCCCUCCCCAAUAAUAAAUACAAUUUUUUUUUAAAGUGAGCUUAACCAGGGGCACCACCUCCUGGCUCCUUCCCUUUCUUUUUUCUUUUUGACAGAGAAAUUGAGAGGAAUGGGAGAGAGACCCCUGUAGCACCUCCUCAGUGAAGCUUCCCUCCUGCAGGUGGGGACCCGGGGCUUGAACUGGGCCCUCGAGCAGGGUAAUGUGUGUGCUUUACUGGAUGCACUGCCACCUGGCCCCAAAUAAGUCAGUCUUGAAAACAUUUUUUUUAAUUAAAAAGAGGUCAGUUCCCCUCUGACAGUCUCAUGAUCCUUUUAUGUUCAUCAAAAUCCUUACACCUGUCGGCCAUCUUCCUGUUCACAUUCACUUCCCUGUCUUGGUGAGGUCCUUGAUAGGAGGGAGCCAUUUCUCCUCUGCCGUUUUUUACGUGGGCAACUCAA